AUGGAUCACCAAGUCUUGGCGCGGGAGCUACUGCGUUCCAGAGCCAACGAGUUGCAAGUGCUUCAAGACAAAAUGGACAUGAUGAUGGAAGCGAUUAACAACCUGCAGUACGCUCCGAGGAGCUGGAGGCAAUACUUCUACGCGAAGCUGAAGCUAUUAACGGGCUCAUUGCAAACAUCGGAGAGACUCCAGGAAGCGGUGGAUACACUUUUCGUUCGGGGUGUUACUGGGGCAAAUAAUCCGGAUUCUAUGACGUGGAUCAUGAGGACAGUGAUGCAGUAG